CCUCAAGGUUGACUUGCUUGCGUAUUUUCAAACAGUCACAAGUUCAAAUUCAGCUUCGUAUACCGGGAUUUAAUACCUGGAUAGUGGUGUCGGUCCACACUCAAUAUAUGUGACUAUCGCCCCAAUACAUUGAAUUCCUAGUGGUUGAAAAACCUCAUUUCCCUCCUCUUGCUAACAAAUCGUUUAGAUAAUUAAAUGGAUAGUUCAAAACAAAAUAGUAUAGUAAUAGAUGUCAAGUUUACUUUUCCCAAAACUCAGGCUAAAAUAGGAGUUCCUACAAAAUUCGUCUUGAUAGUAGCAGUUUUAGGAUGUAGAAUUUUCCUCGGCGUAUGAGAGUACGCUAGAUUACAUUUCGCGCAAUGACUGUUUCUGUUAGAAUAUAUUAGGUUACACUAAUUUGAGAUUCCAGUACGUCUCAAGACGUAGUCUUUUUGGAGUUUGACCUACAAUGGGUUACUUUGACGAAGAUUUCUACUCGACAUUUUUAAGAUAUGAAGAUUCAGUAAUCCCUAAAACAAGUUUGAAUUUUGGAGCUUUUGUUUCCUAUUGCAGCUUCUCCAACGUUGGGAGAUUAGAUUUACUUAAAGUAAUCGAAAUAAUAGCAUUUCUAUUCGUUACUGUCCAAUGUCAUAAGUGUCAUGGAUUAGGUAAAUUAGAUGCGUCUUUAGAUUGUCUGAAGUGUAUGAGAAUAAGGGUGUGGUUUUUAAAGGAUCGACGAGGAUCAUCACAAACUCGGAUAGAGUGUGGUUCAAGAUAAUGAAGUAGCAAUAGGUUGAUAUUAAGGUAACUUCCUGCCAUUCUAAAAAUUUUCAAGAUGAACGUGAUGGUCCUCUUGCUGGAGCUCUUCAUAAAUAAUUUUCUGUACUGUAGAUGUUUAUACUGAUAUUUAGAAACAAUCUGGGUUAGUGAAAGUAGAUGUUCUUAACAACCCUCGCGCCCCCAUUCUAACCAGAGUUAUGAAUAGCGAAGCCCUUGAGAUAAUCGAGAUUAAACGUAAAUCCUUCGGAAAUUUGGGUCCAAGUCUAUGCUGUAAAAUAGAUAUUUCACUUAACCAGUCAGCUGUACUGGCGCUGCUGGCCACUCCUGAAAUUUAGUUCUAAAAUUGUAUAUUUAUAUUCACCAAUCCACGUCAUAUCUGAUUUGCAUCCCGUCCUGAAUACCCACCUAUAUUUCUGUACAAUGACUCACUGAAAAACUCCAAUCAAAUUGCUGCGCACUAAUGUCUGUUGGUAUCGUUUAUGGUGAUCAGUAUAGACGGCUGUGUUGUAGCUCACCUAAGUUUGGCGACAGAUACGCCUUGGUCAUGGAUUUAAUCAAUGCAUACAAACUCAUUCCAGAACUUUCUCGUGUGCCUCCCUUACAGUGGGAUUCACCUAAUCGCAUGUAUGAAGCAGUGACUACCUUUCACUCUAAAGAAUAUGUUGAUGCUCUUAAAAAAUUACAAAUGCUACACAUUGAGGAAAAAGAAUUGACUGCUGAUGACGAGUUACUUAUGGAUUCAUUUAGUCUGAAUUAUGACUGCCCUGGUUUUCCUAGUGUUUUUGAUUAUUCGUUAGCUGCUGUUCAAGGUAGUUUAGCUGCAGCUAAUGCUUUAAUCUGUCGUCAUUGUGAGGUCGUUAUCAACUGGGGCGGUGGGUGGCAUCAUGCCAAAAGAAGUGAAGCUUCUGGAUUUUGCUAUUUAAAUGAUGCCGUUUUGGCCGUUCAUCGACUGGUUUCAUCAACUCCAUCAGACAUUUCACCCAACAGACAGACACGAGUAUUGUAUGUUGACCUUGAUCUUCAUCAUGGUGAUGGAGUAGAAGAAGCUUUCUGGUAUAGUCCUCGUGUAGUUACGUUUUCCGUACAUCAUGCCUCUCCUGGUUUCUUUCCCGGUACAGGAACCUGGAAUAUGGUCGAUAAUGAUAAACUACCGAUUUUCUUAAAUGGCGCUGGUCGUGGCAGAUUCUCAGCAUUCAAUUUGCCAUUAGAAGAAGGUAUCAAUGAUUUGGACUGGUCAAAUGCUAUUGGCCCUAUACUUGAUUCUCUUAACAUGGUUAUUCAACCAAGUUAUGUUGUAGUUCAAUGUGGAGCCGAUUGUUUAGCUACUGAUCCACAUCGAAUAUUUCAUUUAACUAAUUUUUAUCCUAGUUUCAAUUCAGAUUGCGACCCAGAAUGUAGUUUAAGUGGCUAUUUGUACGCUAUUAAGAAAAUUUUAUCAUGGAAAGUUCCAACUUUGUUACUUGGAGGUGGUGGCUAUAAUUUUCCGGAUACAGCCAGGCUAUGGACAAGAGUUACAGCUCUGACAAUUGAAGAAGUUAAGGGUAAAAAAUCAAUUCCGAAGCAAUGAACAACAUUCCUAAACUAUAGCUUACAUUCAAAGUGCUCAUAAUGUGGUGGGUGCUACUGAUGUCGACAGAUAUAAGUAGAAUGAAUCAUCGGUCGUAAGUGAAAUGUCUGUCGGCAGAAGCUUAAGAAGAUCGAAGGAAAGAGAACGAGGACAGAGACUGAUUGGUGUGGAAACGAAGGAGCAACAAAAUCUGAGACAAUUGAUGAAUACUUUGCAAAUGAAGAAUUCACUGUAUGGUUCUCAGAUUUUACUAAAAGAUUCUGUAAUUUUGUGUUCUAAUACCUUCAGUUGUCCCCACUAGUAUUCUCGUUCACUACAAUACUACACCGUGAUCAUAACUCAUGUAGGACAGAAUAGAAAAAAUGGGUUUUACUAACUUAUGAACAACUGAAAUAUAUUAUUUCUUACUGAACAAAAUACAUAUUAAAUCGUUUUAAA